CCCGCACACACACUCCCCUUCCCCAAGUGCUUCUUGUCCGGCCCCCCUGAUCUCUGUGUCCAUUGGCUUCCCCGGGUCUAUUUUUCAUGUCCAGCCCCUAAUGACCGUCCAUUGGCGUUGUUAUUCCGCUUCCCUCCUCCCACUCGGGCGCUUCGCCCUGCCCAUGUUUUGUAUGUCGGUGUCCAUCCAUCGCCUGACGUUCAAGUUCGCAGGGACGUCACGUCCGCACUUGAACUUGCAGCUCAGGGGGGCUUUUGCCAUUUUUUCAUCUCUCCCCUCUCCCUCUCUCCCUAUCUCUCUUUCUCGCUCUCGGUUUCAAAAAAGCCAUGACGGCGAUCCCGCAAUCCGUCUUCGCCGCGCCAUCUUUGUAUUAUUUCUAAUUUAUUUUGAUUGUCAAAGGCAUUUAUGAAGAUUUUUUUUCCACUGGAGUCUCCUUUCUAACCCGGCUCUCCCGAUGUGAUCCGCGCUGAACGCCGCCACCACACCACCAUGUCUCGCCGCAAGCAAGGCAAGCCCCAGCACUUGAGCAAACGGGAUUUUUCGCCCGAGCCCCUCUCCGUCGCCCUCACUGCCGCCACUCUCCUCCCGUCGGAGGACCUCUCGGAACACAGCUCGGACCACUCGGCGCCCAACAGCGCCUGCAGCGGCGUCAACGGCCACCACCACCCGCACCACCAGCCCCACUCGCACGCCCACCCGCAACCCCACCCGCACCCCCUGCCGCACCAGCACCCGCACCAACACCCCCACCCCCACCCGCCCGCUAACAACCACCACCACCACCACAACCACCACAACCACCACAACCACCAUCCACACCACCGCCCGGCUCGGCUGGGCUUCGACCCCCGAUCCUCCACCACCGCCAACAGCAACACCACCACCAACACCUCCUCCUCCACCACCUCCUCCUCCGUCUCCUCCUCCUCCUCCUCCCCGGAGCAGGACCUGCUGACAUGCGGCCAGUGCCAGGCCACCUUCCCCCUGGCCGACAUCUUGCUCUUUAUCGAGCACAAGCGCAAGCGAUGCCACGGCCCUCCCUGCCUGCCCCGGGACGCCGUUGGCGGGCGCGGCCUGGACAAGCCCCCCUCGCCCUCGCCCGGCCUGGCCCUGACGCCCACCCCUGCGCUGGGCCUGGGGGCGCUGGGCCUAGGGGCCCUGGGGCUGGGGGCCCUAAGGGCUCAGCAUCAGCACCUCCGACGGAGGCCCGUGGAGGUGGGGGUCCAGGCCACUCUGGCUGAGGAGGACUGCGAGAGCAACCGGCUGCCCUCCUCUUCGUCGUCGCCCCGUGGGAUCUUUCCCAAGCAGGAGCACCCUGUCCCAGGUAAGGAGGAGCCGACCACAUACACCUGCACCACCUGCAAGCAGUGCUACGGCAGCGCCUGGUUCCUGCUGCAGCACGCCCAGAACACGCACGGCUUCUGCAUCUACCUUGAGAGCGAACACGGCAGCCCCCUCACCCCGCGCAUGGGCCGGCCGUCCUCCCUGGGCGGGGGCGCCGACUGCCCCUCCCAGCCGCCCCUCCACGGCCUCCACCUGCCCCCCGACGCCAGCCCCUUCAACCUCCUCCGCAUCCCCGGAUCUGGCUCCGGCGGCCGAGAUAGCACGGGCGGGGGAGGAAGCAACAGCGGCCCGAUGGGGGGCGUGGGACUCGGGGGCCAUCAUCAGCGCUUCCCUCCGACGCCGCCUCUCUUCAGCCCGCCUCCGCGGAACCACCUGGACCACCACCUGAGUCCCGAGGAGCUGGCGCUUGCAGCCCACCACCCGAGUGCCUUUGACAGGGUGCUGCGCCUCAACCCUCCUCUGGGCCUGGACCCUCCGCCGGCCAUGGACUUCUCGCGACGGCUGCGAGAGCUGGCCGGCAACAACUCAGUGUCCACCCCGCCGCUGUCCCCGAGCAGACCCAGUCCCAUGCAGAGGCUGCUCCAGCCAUUCCAGACAGGAGGGCAAGCCGGAGCUCUGGGGGGUACCGGAGGUAGCAAACCUCCCUACCUCUCCACUCCGCCUCCUCUCCCAGGCUCCAUGCAGUCCCCCUCAGGCUCUCAGACCACCCCGACCACCCCCCUCCCAUCGGCCGGCGCUCCGCCCUCCUCCACCACUCCGUUGAAGACAAAGUCGUGCGAGUUCUGUGGCAAGGCCUUCAAGUUCCAGAGCAAUCUCAUCGUCCAUCGCCGCAGCCACACAGGAGAGAAACCCUACAAAUGCCACCUGUGUGACCAUGCCUGUACACAGGCUAGCAAGCUGAAACGCCACAUGAAGACACACAUGCACAAGUCGUCUUCGCCCAACGCAGGGAAGUCAGAGGACGGGCUUUCGGUGGCCUCCUCCCCUGAGCCUGGCACCAGUGAGCAUCUGGGCAGCGCCAGCAAUGCCCUGAAGUCCGUGGUGGCCAAGCUGAAGAGCGAGAACCGCUUGCUCCACCAGAACGGGGACGACGAGGAAGAGGAAGAGGAGGAGGAGGAGGAGGAAGAAGAGGAGGAGGAGGAAGAAGAAGAAGAGGAGGAGGAGAUUGAGGAAGAGGACCAGAACGGAGAGAGGGUGGUACAGCAGAAUAACAACAACAAUAACAACAACAGCUACCACUUCAGCCUGAACUUAGAGGCGGCCCGUCAUCAUGAGAACAACGGCAGCAUCGGUGGUCGGCUGGGAGGUGGAGCGGACGAGGGGUCGAUCCCGCGCUCCCUGCCGGAGGUGAUGCAGGGGAUGGGGCUGGCAGCCAGCAUGCAUCACUUCAGUGAAGCCCUCAAUGCGCACAAGCGCAACGCCAUGGCCCAGGAGAAUCACGUCCACCAUCACCUCGCCCGUGACCAUCGCAACCGCAGGAUGUGCGACGAGGACUCGGCCGUGGAAUCAGGCCGGGCCGAAGAGGGCUGCAUCUCAGCCAUCAACGGACGGGGGACCUCCCCCAACGAGGCCGCCUCCGUGGGACUCUCAAAGAAGCUGCUUUUGGGAAGCCACAGUCCUCUCAGUCCCUUCACCAAACGCAUCAAACUGGAAAAGGAGUUUGACCUGCCCACGCCCACCAUCCCUAACACGGAGAACGUCUACUCCCAGUGGCUGGCCGGCUAUGCGGCCUCCAGACAACUCAAGGACCCCUUUCUGAACUUUGGGGAUUCCAGACAAUCGCCAUUCGCCUCUUGCUCUGAGCACUCUUCAGAGAACGGCAGCCUUCGCUUCUCGACCCCCCCGGGGGAGUUGGAUGGCGGGGUGUCGGGCCGCAGCGGUACGGGGAGCGGGGGCAGCACUCCCCACCUUGGGGGUCCCGGCCGGCCCAGCUCCAAGGACGGCCGCAGGAGUGAUACGUGCGAGUACUGCGGCAAGGUGUUCAAAAACUGCAGCAACCUGACGGUGCACCGGCGCAGCCACACGGGCGAGCGUCCCUAUAAGUGUGAAUUGUGCAACUAUGCGUGCGCUCAGAGCUCUAAGCUGACACGCCACAUGAAGACCCACGGACAGGUGGGCAAGGACGUGUACAAGUGUGACAUUUGUCAGAUGCCCUUCAGCGUCUACAGCACCUUGGAGAAACACAUGAAAAAAUGGCACAGUGAUCGACCCAUGAGUACCGAAAUUAAGUCUGAAUAGUAUGGCUAUAAUGUUGGACUAGCGCCUCUCCCCCGAGACAUCUCCGCUACCAGUCUGGUUUACCCCCUACCAUAGUCUCUUGUAGAUUUGCCCUCAACCCCCAAGCACUAACUCAUCUCUUUUGCCAGUCUGGUGGAAGCUUAACACCACCAGCACAUCCCCUUUCCAUUACCCAUUGAAUGCAUGAUUUGUAUCGGGGCAAUACUAUUGCAUUGACGCAAAACUUUGAGCCUUUCUCUUGUGCAAUAAUUUACAUGUUGUGUACAAUUUUUUCCUGUUUGAGUUCGCCUUUUUCCAUUUUUAAGAAUUAGUCAGCAUGCAUAGUAUGUUUUUGCUAAUCAAAAAAGAUAAAAAGAAAAUGAAAACAAAUUUGUCCCUGGUUAGUUAGUAGUUGAGUAAAUGUGUUGCUGUUUUCUCUUGUUCUGUUUUCUUUCUUUUUGUUUUUUAAAAGGAGAAAAGACAAGAAAGAUACAACCAUGCUGCAUACAUUCUGUAACACAUAUCAUGUACAGUUUUGUGUUGUAACAUGGACAAUUCACAGUCUUUGACUUGACCCUCUUAUGUAAAACCUGGAAAUGCACUUAAUCUGAUCUUUCUAAAAGAUGCCAUGUCCACACAGGGUUUAAGAAAAAAAAAAAGAUUGGCUUGAUUACUAAACCACUAGCAAAGACAGCCUUAAAAGUCUUUUAAAAAAAAGUCAAGGAUGGGCUGUAAGCUAAAUUUGUACUAUCAUUUGGUUAAAAAAAGGAGUGCCUUUCAUUCAACAAGACUGCGUUAUUGGCCAUACUAUUUUCUGUGCUAAACACGAGGUCACACCAGGUACUGCUAGAGGGAUUUAGCCACCCAAGAAAGGUUCUUGCAUCAAGCACCUGACUGCUCAAACAGAGUGUGACAAACUAGAGUAAGAUCAGAAAAGUAUUGUUAUUCAUCAUUUAGCUACCUAUACAUGUUCUAUAGUAUCUUUAAUAUGUGGAAUUCAUGGCAAGCAUGGUACAAGCAGUAUUGUGUAUAUCUGAAUUAUUUGUAAUUUUGUUCUUGGUAUUUAGAUACUAUGGGGGGGAAAGGUACUUGUCACGUACAAUCCUGAACUUGAGGGAUGCGGCGCAUGGCUCGGAAGCGUUGUAUCGCGUUAGCACAAAGACGCACAGCGCUGCUUUGGAUAUGUCAGUGUGUGGAACAAUGCAUAAAGUUUAAUAUGAGCUCCAAUUGCGUUAGACUACAUUAGGGGGCAUUGGUUUACUACAAGCUAGACAGACAGAAAGCUACACCAAACUGGAAGCUACACGUUAGGAGGAACUGAGGCAAUCGUGUUCACUUUAUUGUUUUUUUAAAACAGGGUGUUUGUAACAAGGAAAGAAAGAAAGAAAAAAAGAAAGAACUGCAAAAAAAGAAAAUGGCCGCUGUGUUCUCUAGGGCUUUCGGGGCUACAUAACAAUGAAUAAAGUUUGAUACAUUGGAAUGCAUAGGCUAAUACAGGGCAGAUUUUUCUUUGUUUGCUGUUGUUAAGAAUGCAAGAGACAUAUUACAUUUCCUUCCUUGAGUUGCAGACUUUCCCCCAAAAAAUAUGUAUAAGAUAGCAGUUGAUACUCAGACAGGAAUUCGUACCAACAUGACACUUAUAUUAUUUAAUUUAAAUGCUGAAUUCUAAUCUAAAUUCUGGGACAUUUCAAAAAACUUGAAAGUUGCACUUUUCCCAAGUUUACAGGUUUAUGCUCAAGGGAAAAUGCUGUUGGUGGACGUGGCUACCAUUGUCAAACAACUGUAAAGACAUAUAAUCAGACAUCCAGCUCUCCAGCUCCCUGACCUAUGCCCUAUGUAUCCACACUUUGUUCACAUUUAACCCUUUGCCAUGCUGUUAGAGCAACCUUAUAGUGUUAGCACUCUAAAAGGACAAACUUAAAAGUAACCAAUUGGUUUGCCAUCCAGUUCUAUGAAAUACAGGGUUUACAUUUGGUCCAAAAUAGACCACAAUUCUACAGGACUAGCAAUAUUGCUUGAUCCGAGAUUUAACUCUGCUGCCAAUUCACCUUGUUGUUAAGACCAUUUAUUGUUGUAUUGUCAUUAUCCAAACAUGGAUAGGGAAUCUAUAGAUAUUGGGGCCAGAUGGCAAAAGUUGUUAUUUAAUUUUGUAAAAUAUAAUGAUUUGUUUGGAUCAUUUUUUUCUUUCUUUUUUUUUAAUAACACUUUGUUUCCUCAUGGUAACCAUGGUAACCAGUGUUCAUGUUUGGAGUCAACUCACAAUGUUCAAGAAUCUGAUCACAGUAUAUUCAAAAUGGUACAAAAAAAUGAAGAUAGAAAAGAUAUCCGUGGUGUUUUGUAUUUUCUUUUUGCCUUGGCUCUUCACAGCUCUUCAGGUUGAAAUACAAUUUGCAUUGGGGAAAGGAUUGAGAUAAUAUAUGACUAUAUAAUAAAGAACUUUAAAAUAUAGGAAAAUGCACACAUGUCAAUUCCUAUGCUUAAACACAUUUAUGGUCUACUUUCUCUGUAUUUCUAGAAUUGUAUUUGAAUUCAAUGUUCACUUAGAGUAGGCACUAUAGUAUUUAUAUUGAGGCUUGUAUUUUUAACUGUUGCUCGUUCUCUCUGAAGGUAUUUACCUUUUUUGGUAGUGGAAAAAAAUCCCCAAGCUGCCGCGGUAUAUUUUUUUAAUUUGGCAGGAUAAUAUAGUGAGAAUUAUUUGUAUGAUGUUUAAAGAAAUAAAUUGGGGGGUUGGCAGGUGGGGGGUAAAGACAAUUUAAAACAGCAGCUCCAACGUCCUGGGCCAUAAAAUGGCCGAUGCACUACUUCCUGUAUGCGGUGGUGGUUGUACAUAUCUUCUUUAUUGUGUUCAUUAUUUUUUUCUUAAUUGUGUCUUUUUUUAUUUAAAUUGUUAUUAUUUUGGGUUGGACCUCCCCUAGCUCCUCGAUCCUAACUACCUUUUGCUGCCAUAUUGUAUUGCAGUAAUGCAAGCUGACAUCGGCCUGUUCUGUUGUGUGCUAUUGUCUCUCUCAUUUUCUCCCUCCUGACUACAUUCCAACGUUUAAAAGAAAAUAGAGAGGGAGACAAAAAAAGACUUCAUGCGCAGUACAUGGAUUAUGAAAAAACGAGAAAUGCAUCAAUAAAUGCAUUCGAAAAAAAGUCAUCCCUGAAACCAGUUUGUCUUUUGCAGUAUUUUUUUUUCAUUGCCAAAUACUAAAUGGUGCUUUAUAUCUAGAUUGGAAAUACUUUAAUAUGCAAAGCAUAUUCAAAAUACAAAACUAAAAAAACUGACAACCUUGGUUGGUGGGGGAGCUCACUCGAGAUGAGGCUUUUUUUGUAAAUGGCAAUGCAGAAUAUUUUGUUAUCAGCCUUUUUCUAUUCCUGUUCCGAGAGCGGUUUGUUGUUACUUGAACUUGAACCUAUCUUCUACCAUGGGAGUGACUAUUUAUUGUUAUGUAAGCCCUGUUCUAAACAGAACAGAUCCUUCUCUUUUUAGUUUUGAUUAUUAUAUAAUUUGUAACAUUUCUGUUGAUUAUUUUCUCUUUAUUAUUAUUGUGGCCAAAGGCCACUGAAACACCUAGCUUCUUUUUUCUGAGGGGAGGGUCUCUGUUUGGUUGUAUUGGGAAAAACGACUGUCAGUAUUUUCUGGCAGAUGUCUGCAUAAUCCUGUUCACACACCCAUUUUGUCCCUUUAUCGGAAAUCAAUUAAUAAAAAAAAACCUCAAAGCGUA